AUGAAGGACAACCUGAAGCUGCAGCUCGAGAAGCUCGAGAAGGACAAUGCCGCCAGUCCCGGUGGCCGACGUAACAAGGGGCUCUUCGCCGGGCUGCUAGGCAUCGACGGAGCCCCCUCCAGGGGGGGGCAACGGAGAGGAGGAGGGGGGGGUGGCGACAAAGAUGGUGCUGAUGACGGAGGCGGGUUUGUUGUGAUGAUCGGAGAGCACGGAGGGAAGGCGUCCAGGAGCUUCACUCCCAUCGCCGACCUCGGUGUCGACACCGGCGCGGGGUCGGGGAGAGGCCUGCUGGACCAACUGCGACGGAGCUACAAGGCGAAGGAUGGCUCGUCCUCCUCCACCGCCCCGAAGCCGGGGUCGAGGCCCUCGGUGGGAAAGCGACUACGCGACGAGAUCGCCCCCAAGCAGAAGCGCUUUGACCAUCCCGGUGCGACAACGGCGACAGCAGCACCUUCUUCCAAGGGUUUUGGAGGCAGUGGCGGUGCCUCCAACAACGAUUUCGGAGGGGGAGGGGGAGGGGGAGGGGGAGGGGGGGGCCUAUACGACGCCGACUUUGACGAAGCCGCUGCUGUCGCUUUCGACCUCGAUCAAGCCGUCAUCCAAGCCCAGCAGCAGCGGGAGCUGCAGCAAAAACGGCAGCAAGAGCGCCGCAUCUCGGGGGACCAACAUGCCGGCGGGGGGGGGGGAGGGGAUGGGUCUUUCCGGUCCCCGCCCCCGCCGCCUUCCCGCCGCCACGGCACCCAGCACGAAACCCCGCCUCCCCGCCAUCAGCAGCAGAAGCAGCACCAGCACCAGCAGCGAGGCGGGCAGCAACAGCAGCAGCAGGCAAAGGCACAGGCAGACAUUGCAACGACGGAGAUGGAAAUUGCCGGGAAGAUCCAGCGCCUCGGGGAGCUCCAGGCCCAGACGACCCAAGCUCUCAUGGAAGGGUACGAAGUCCCACAGAAGCUGCAGGAGGAGAGGCAGGGCCUCGAGACGGCCAUCGCCGGUCUGGGCAAGACGCUGAGAGCCUUGAAGGCAACCGCGGCGGCGGAAUCUCCGUCCUCCCAGACCCCGCGCGGCGCAAGAACGCCUCUUGGCAACCUUCCCAUGACGGGAGGUGACGGUGAUGGCGGUGGGGGGGGUGGGCACACUUUCGUCAUGAGGACCCAGCAAUCUUGGGGCUCUCCUCCGCCACCGGGGACCCCGCGCGACCGGUACGCCGGCAGCGGCAGCGGGGGAGCGGAUCAUCAGAGAUCGCCCGCUUUCGGAAGGGGGGCGGGGGGCUACGAUAACAGCUACGGAGGGAGCAGCUACGACAACAGCAGCAGCGGUGGGUAUGGCGGGGGCGGGGGCAGUUACGACAGCAGCGGGGGGUACGGAGCAGGUGGGGGUUCCGGCAACACCGGUGGUGGGUCUGGAAUGAGCUACGAGAGCGGCGGAGGGUUCGGUGGAGGCGGCCGUGGCGGUGACUGGGGAGGGGGGUAUGGCGGGCAGGGAGGGGGGAACGGCUACAACAACAACAGAGAGGACGGUGGCGACGGGACACCGUUGUGCGAGCACGGGGAGCGGUGCGUGAAGCUCACGUCCACGAGCGAGAACAACCCGGGCCGGGAGUUCUACAAGUGCCCCCUGCCUAAGAACGGCGGGGAGCAGUGCGGCUUCUUCGAGUGGCUCGAUGGGGAGGGAAACGGUGGGAAUAGACCGUCGGGGGGAGGGGGGCUACCCGGCGGUGUUGCCAACGGAAAGCAGCUCGACAUCCGCAAGGAAGUGUCGGACAUUUUCGGGCACGCCAAAUUCAGGACUGGGCAGGAGGAAGUCAUCGUGGACGCGAUGAAAGGAAAAGACGUGUUCGUGCUGAUGCCCACGGGAGGUGGGAAGAGCCUCUGCUACCAGCUACCGGCGUGCUGCUGCCCGGGGCUAGCGGUCGUGUUCUCCCCCCUUAUCUCACUCGUACAGGACCAGGUGGCUCAAAUGAGGGCUACGGGGGUAGAGGCGGCGUAUAUCAACUCAGAGCAGGACUACGACAGCGAGGUCCGGGUGGUGAUGGACCAGCUGUACCGCUUGCAAGACUACGGAGGGCUCAAGCUACUCUACAUCACGCCAGAGAAGUUCUGCCGAAGUCCGUCUAUGAACAAAGCGCUGCAGCGCCUGCACUCCAAGGGGCUCCUUUCUCGGUUCGUCAUCGACGAAGCACACUGCGUCAGCGAUUGGGGCCACGACUUCCGACCGGACUACCUAAAGCUGGGCAUACUCCGGAAGGACUUCCCGGACGUUCCCAUCAUGGCCCUCACCGCCACGGCCAACACGGUGGUCAGGGACGACACCAUCAGGAGGCUUCAGCUCAGAAACCCAACCGUACGCACCGAGAGCUUCAACAGGCCCAACCUCAAGUACGAGAUCAGGCCCAAGAAGGCCGCCGUUCUCGAUGAGAUCGCGAAGGUGAUGCAGAGCUUCCCGGGACAAUCGGGCAUCGUCUACUGCUUGAGCAGGAAGGACUGCGAGAAGGUCGCUUCCGGUCUGCUGAAGAAGCUGAGCGAGACUACGGGGGGGCACCGUGGAAGGUUCCGGGUGGACUUCUACCACGCGGACCGCACGGCAGCGGAAAAGGCUAGGGUGCACCGCGAGUGGAGCGCCGGUCGGAUACACCUCAUCUGCGCCACCAUUGCCUUCGGCAUGGGCAUCAACAAGCCCGAUGUCCGCUACGUGAUCCACCACUCCAUGCCCAAGACCCUGACCCACUUCUACCAGGAGUCCGGCCGGGCCGGGCGGGACGGCCUGGACUCGAAGUGCAUCGUCUUCUUCGCCUACCGUGACAAGGCCCGCUUAGAGAACAUGGUGAACCGCGACAAGAGCCUUCCGUUCCAGCGGCGCCAAAGCAACCUCCAGGAGGUGUACAAGUGCGUCCGCUUCUGCAUCAACGAGGUGGAGUGCCGCCGCGUGCUUAUCCUGGAGUUCUUCGGCGAGCACUUCCCACGGGGGCGUUGCAAGGCCACCUGCGACAACUGCAUCGCCAUGCAGGGCUGCGAGAAGGAGACCAAGGACUGCACGGAACAGGCCGGGCGGCUGUUGAGGCUCUCAGAGGUGAUGGUGGAGCGCGAGAUUCGACAUACGCUCGUUCAGCUGGUGUCCGUGUGGCGAGGGGACUCUGUCAAGACUCUGGAUCAGCGGGGCGCGAGGCAGCUGGAGUGUGCCGGGAGCUGCAAGGACAUGACCAAGGACGAGGCCAUCCGCGUCGCGCAGCAGAUGGUGCUCUCCUCCUUUCUGGAGGAAGUGUCGUGCGAUACGGGAGCGUCCGGGGCCACGGGCCAGGCGUUCACGGCGGCGUACUGCAGCCCGGGGAGGGCAGGCCUUCAAGCUCAAGAGUCGCAAGGAGAAAUUCGAGGCAAGAGCGGCAAGGAACGCGGCCGGGCCAAGAAGACCGGGAGGGACAAGCAGCAGCAGCAGCAGCAGCAGCGGCGGCAGCAGCAGCAGCAAUCGGACGAUGACGACGACGAUGAUGACGAGCACUGGAACGUCGGCGAAGCGAGGAAAGGCAAGAAGGCCGCUCCCGCAGCCCCCAGGAAGACGGCAGCGAAGAGGAAGGCCGGCGUGGGAAAGGAACCGCCCAAGUCGUCGUCGUCGUCCUCUGCAGCCAUGGUUACACCUCAGAAGAGGAAGGGCCCCGGACACAGGGGAGGGGGGACGCCCGGAACUGCCUUGGACAUUUCUCCGGGAGUGAUCAGCGUUCCCAGCAGCGGGGGCGGCAGCUACGAGGAUGACGAGGAUGAGGAAGAGAUCGACGAUGAUGGCGACGACAGUAGCGACGCUUUCGAGGACGACUUCUUCGCGUCCAAGAGGCGCAAGGGCGGACUAGGCGGCGGGAAAGGAAAGGGACACAAGAAGACGAGGGAAACACUCAAGAGGAUGAGCGACGAGCACCGAGCGCGGUUCAAGGACGCGCUCAUCAAGUGGCGGGACGAAAGGGCCGAGCAGUUCAGCCUGCGGUACUUCUACAUCUUUCCGGAGACCGAGCUCCUGGAGGUAAUUCACAAGGUCCCCGUCACAUCAGAGGAGCUGUGCGACAUCGGAAGCUGGCGAGGCAACCAGAAGCUGGCCACCCACGGCGAGUCUCUCCUCUCCCUCAUCAAGGGAUACAUCGACGACAACAACAUCACGCUUCAGGGACAGUUUCCUUGGGGAGACCAGGAGAUCAAGACGGCGGGCUUCCGUGCUCUUUCGGUGCCGGAGCGGACGAGGACGAUGACGACUACGACUACGACGACGCUGGUUACGGUACGACGACAUCGUCAAAGUUCUUUCCUCAACCGCAUAGCGGCGACAACACCGGCGAUGACGGCGACGAAAUCAUGGAACUCCAGUUGUGAUGGAACGCGGGGGUCCCGGUUCGAACGACACGGAUGGACGGGUGUAUAUGGGGUGGAAGUGGUGGCAAGUAGACGGAAUUCGGGAUGGUAUCUUGCAGCUGCAGUUUUGAAGAAUCCCCAACGCUUGAACGGGACAAGAGUGGCACGGGCAUACAUGGGAUGGAAGCGGUGCAAAAUAGACAGGAUCCUGGAUGGAAUCUUGCAGCUGCAGCUUGAACAAUCUCAACGCUUGAACGGGACUGAGUUGGGACAGGUAUACGGGAUGUAA